AUGGCUUUGCCAUCUCCAUCAAUGGAAAGAAGGUCUGCAAUUUUAUUUGAAGGACAUCCCCCAAUUUUGCGUGUUUCGCUAAAUUACCGCAUUGUUGCUAUUUGGCACAGGGUUGCCGUGGAUAAAGAUACCACUGGGGGCGUGCGUGUUGCCGAGGAAGCACAAAUGCCCGACAGAGCAGACCACGGAGUUAGAUCGUUUGAGGGUGAAGGCUCUGCAAGGAUGGAGUCAGAUGAGUACGACUUUCAGGAAGAUAAAACAGAAUACGACCAUCAUGCAGAGGCCAAUAUCGACAAUGGGGAUGUGAUUGAUUUUUUGAACUUGAGCGAGGAGGAUGUUCUCCGCUUUAAUUUUACAUACGUUGACAUUGCAUUUGAGUUCUACCAGCAAUAUGCAAAGCACCAUGGUUUCGGUGCGAGACGUUCCAGAAGCGAAAAACGUGGCGAAGUAAGGAUACGGCAGGAGUUCGUGUGCCACCGACAAGGGUACCGAUCCUCGAAGUUCUACUCGAUGCCUAACUGGCAAAAGAGGCCUAGGGCCGAGACACGGUAUGGAUGCCCUGGAAGGAUGCUACUUCGCAUGGACGAUGAAUCAGGCCAUUGGCACGUUGCGUACUUUUCAGAUGCGCAUAACCACCACAUUCUUGAGUUACGAUUUUCUUCCAUGCUCCUAGGCCAUCGGAGGAUGAGCAAAGCAGACAUCGAGCAGAUGAAUGACAUGUGCAAAGGGGGCAUAGGCGUCUCGCGAAUCCAUGAUUUUAUGGCGAGUCUAGUUGGCGGGUAUCAUAAUAUCUCGUACACAACAAGGGACAUGCACAAUGUAAAAGCGAAGCAACAAAGGGAGGGUGGCCUAGAUGUGGAAUCGUGCCUAAGGUAUCUCCGAGAGUGCAAGGUAUUUGGAGACGUGGUUGUAUUUGAUGCAACGUACAAGAAAAAUGUAUACCUUUCACCUCUUGUAGUAUUCUCCGGUUUGAAUCACUACAACCAAACGGUUGUCUUUGCCGUUGCACUGGUGGCAGACGAGAAAAAAGAGACCUAUGUCUGGCUACAUCAACAGUUACAAAUUUCAAUGAAAGGGAAGGCUCCCGUGUCCAUAAUAACCAACGGUGACAGGAAAAUAAAGUCUGCGAUCGAGCAAGUUUUUCCAGAGGCUCACCAUCGACUCUGUGCUUGGCAUCUACUCCGAAAUGCCAUUAGCAAUAUUAGAAAGCCUAAAUUCACCAGGAUGUUUAGGGAUUGCAUGCUUGGAGACUACGAGGUCGGAACAUUCCAGACAAAAGAUGGUGGAGAAAUUUGGUGUUGCCGAUAA